UCCAACAUGUUCGUUAAGGUUGCACGUGUCUUUUUCUUUUGUCUAUGCUUUGUGGGAUUCCUUUUGCAAGGUUGGGAGCUUUUCUUCAAGUUUUCCGAAGGAGCUACCACAACCAUCACAUCGAAGAUUUCACCCAAGAGUGGCCUUUUGAACUUUCCUCGGCUUUCCAUCUGCCUUGAUCCUCCCACCACCUUAUCUCGGCUUUCUAAACUGGGUCUGUCUCUGCAUUCGUGGAACAGUAACCAGUUAGAUCCAAAUGAGUUCGUCGAAACCAAUAGUUGGCCCAUUACUUCUGAAAACGACACGGAUCUAUUCGAUCGAUCAAUGUUCUCCUUUGAAGAAGUAUUUGAAAAUAUAACUUAUUUCAAUAGGACCUUGCAUGUGGAGGAUACUCAAUACUACAAAGAGAUUAACACAAGACAUACAGGAAAAUGUUUUUCCGUAUUGCUCGACAAGUAUCCCGGAACAGCUAACUCUCCUGUUUUUAUCAAGCUUAAAAAUGUUUUUAAAGGACAAGAUGGACACUUUAGAAUAUUUUUGCAUGAACCAGGAAUGGAGCUUUUAUUGGUGAAUCAAUUCUGGUUUAGCACCAAGAAGUUUGUUCUUGACAUUUCACCCGGAACUUUCACUGAUAUCAUGAUCAGGAAGCACGUCUACAAGAAGCUUUACAAACCUCAAGAAUUUGAAAUGAGUUGUCGGUCGGAUUGGAGCGAUAUAGAUUAUUAUCAAUGUUGUGACGAAUAUUUGGAUGGUAUAAGAGAACCAUACCAUUGCACAUCUAUAUUCGACGUUUCUUUAAAUCAGUCUGCUCUGGCGCUUUAAAAACCCAUUUGCACGUCCUUCAAUGACACCAAAACGUUGGUCAUGGUUCAGGAGAAUGCUUGGUUUGACAAUAAGUUAGAUAUAAAAUGUCCCCCCAAUUGCAAUCGUGCCUAUUAUACAGCUUCAACGACUGACGUGAAAAUGAUUGGAAGCCAAGAAACAACUGUCUACUUGACUCUGGAAACACUCGACACACUGAUUGAAGAGGAAGUCCUUGUAUACGAUGGGAUCUCCAUGAUCUCUGCGGUGGGAGGAAGUUUGGGCCUAUUCUUGGGAUUUUCUUUUCUGGACAUAGCUUUCAAAUUGGUACAAAUCUUCCAAGAUCAUCUCAAAGCAAGCUAGAAUGCAUCAGAAGUCCAGAAGCACGGCCUUUUUGCCCUCAUUUGCAUCCUGAGUGUUGGUAUGUUCAGAGAGACACCCUCUAUUUCUUAGGAAACCAAGUAUAAGAAGAGAGACAAGAUUAUAGACAAAGACAGAGAGAGAGAGAACGUAUUAGUCUUGCAAGGUUAAGAGGUAUACGUACACCAAGUGUCAGCUCCUAUUCCAACAAAGUGUUGUUUUUUUCGAAUAAUAAAUUACUUCGUAGUGGUU